CUUUGCCUCCAUUACUGAGUGUUUUUAAUGAUAUGAACAACGGUCGCUAAGUCUCGUGCAUCCCGAUAAGCUGUUCCCCCCAUAUUCUGUGAAAUCUUGACGGCCAAUGGCCUUUCCCCUCCCGCGGGGCAUUACGCCCCCGGAGAUAUCCUUUCUGGCUGAGAUGGAGAUGGUCACCAUCCUUCCUCGUCAACGCUUGGAGGGAUUGGAGCUUCUCGGUGGCCCUGUUGAGCCUCUUCUGCCGCCCCGACGCGCUUCUCUACCCCUUUGGCUGGCUCUCCUUCUCAAACGCCAACGUCGCGCAAAUAUCCUUCCUCCACCAUGGCUCCAUCCAGAAUCUCUUUCCCUCAUCCUCGAAAUUGAAACCCAACACCAUGAGUAUCAGCAUGCAUUCUCCCCGCCACCGCCACUACCAGGCCAGCCAAGCCUUCGGGAUCGUGGACAACGACCUGUCGCCGUACCUCGCUAUACCCCCGAUGGCGGACGGUACUACCCAGCACCGCCAUUCCUACCCCAGAAUGUCGUGCAGGACCAUGUCCCAUCUGGCGAGCCUCCGUCGCUGCCAUUUCACUGGCUAGAGGUUGGAACGAUGCUUCUUGACGCCGCUAGUGAUGACUUGGUGGACCCAGACCAGACCCGGAGGCUCUUGAAAGAGCUGCGCGAGGUGCGAACAGCUAAGAUAAGAUCGGGUGUGGACAUGCUAGAUGUUGCCUCCACUGGUGGGGGCGGGGUAGCAUUAACCGGUGUCGGGGCGAUGGAGGUUGGUGAGGGAAGGGGGUUCAUUGCUGGUGUUGUCGAUGGACUAAGGAAGAUUGGCGCAUCAAAGGAGCAAGCGCGGAGAGAACAGAUGGCAGAAGAUAUGGCCAAUGGUGGAUAUGACGCUACGCAAGAUGACGAUGACGAUAUGGAGUUCUAAAGGACGUGUCUUUCGUGGUCUGCUUCAUAUAGCUUCACAACUGAGAUCUUGCCAUCUCAGUAAUUUUGAUUCUCCUACAGCUUGGCUAGCAAUGGCCCAGGACACGGCCUCGUGAUGAGGACUGCAACAUCGCUGGAACACGGUGAAGUUCUCUCUUGAGUGCUUACAAGGAAUAGGAAAUGCCUCCCCGGUAUAUCCUCAGCGUCAAAACAGCAAUUUCAUGGGAAAGAGGUGUGGCGUGGCGGCUAUCCAUUGUAGAUG